AUGGCUCCCAAGGAGACUCUGCUGCUCUUCCUCAUCUGCCUCCCGUUUACCUGCGUGCUGCCCAGCAAAGCUUCUCAGAAAGUCGCCAACAGGACGGCAAGCUCCAGUCAGGCCACCUUCCACCAGCUGUAUGAUUACCUGCUGACCAGCUACAAGAAAGGGGUCCGGCCCGUGAAGGACUGGAGGAGGACCACCAACGUGGCCAUCGAUAUCAUGGUCUACGCCAUCCUCAGUGUGGAUGAAAAGAACCAAGUUCUGACAACGUACAUCUGGUACAGACAGUGUUGGACCGAUGAGUUUCUGACGUGGAACCCGGAGGACUUCGACAACCUCACCCAGAUGUCCAUCCGCACCGAAGCCAUUUGGGUUCCUGAUAUCCUGAUCAACGAAUUCGUGGAUGUGGGCAAGUCCCCCGACAUCCCCUACGUCUACAUUCUCCACACGGGAGAGGUGCAGAACCUCAAGCCAGUCCAGGUGGUGACUGCCUGUAGCCUGGACAUCUACAACUUCCCCUUCGACGUGCAGAACUGCUCUCUGACCUUCACCAGCUGGCUGCAUAACAUCCGAGACAUCAACAUCUCUUUGUGGCGCUCCCAAGAGGCCGUGAAAACCGACAAGAGCGUCUUCAUGAACCAGGGCGAAUGGGAACUUCUGCACGUGCUCAGCCAUUUCCGAGAGUUCCGAGUGGAGGACGCCUCCAGUGAGAGUUAUGCAGAGAUGAAGUUCUUUGUGGUCAUCCGGAGACGCCCGCUCUUCUAUGCUGUCAGCCUCCUGCUCCCCAGCAUCUUCCUGAUGGUGAUGGACAUCGUGGGCUUCUACCUGCCCCCGGACAGCGGGGAGAGGGUCUCCUUCAAGAUCACGCUGCUGCUGGGCUACUCGGUCUUUCUGAUCAUCGUGUCCGACACCUUGCCGGCCACUGCAAUUGGGACCCCACUGAUCGGGGUCUAUUUUGUGGUCUGCAUGGCUUUGCUGGUGAUCAGCCUGACGGAGACCAUCCUCAUCGUGCGGUUGGUGCACAAGCAGGAUCUGCAGCCGCACGUCCCCGACUGGGUGAAGCGCUGGGUGCUGGAGCGCGCCGUCGUCCUGCUUUGCAUCAGAGACCGGAAGGCCUUCUGCCCGAUCCGCACUCAGAGCUCGGACAGCUCCCGGAACAUCGAGAACAACGGCAGCACAGGUGAGCGGGCAAACCGACUGUGGGAUUUAAAGUUCAAUCCCAGGGGGCCCGGUCCCCCCCCCCCCCCGCCUUCAGGGGGCUCACACAUCUUCAAAAGCAUCCUGCAGGAGAUCGCAGCCAUCCAUCAGUUCCUGGAGAAGCGCGAUGAAUUCCGCGAUAUCGCCCGCGAAUGGCUGCAGGUGGGCUACGUCCUGGACGUGCUGCUCUUCCGGGCCUACCUGGUCGCCGUGCUGGCCUACAGCGUCACCCUGGGGACUCUGUGGUCCAUCUGGCAGUACGCCUGA